AUGGCGAUGGUUCCACACGCCAGCGCAAACCCCAAGCUUCUGCGCUGGCUCAGGGUAGGCCGCCUUUAUAGUCACUCGCCUUUGCCAUGCAGCGCAGGCGCGCUGAAGCCCGGACCGCGGUCGCCGAGCCUGCAGGUUCCCGACUUCCGGUUCCGAGGGGACCCCGAGGCCAGACUGAGACUAAUGGCGGUGUCCAUGAAGCAAGCCACCGGGGGCGUUGAAGAGACCGCGGCGGAAGAAGAACCGCGAGUUCUGGAACCCGGGGCCGCCCCAUUCGGAAAUUUCCCUCAUUAUUCCCGCUUCCACCCUCCAGAGCAACGGCUCCGCCUCCUGCCUCCAGAGCUGCUUCGCCGGCUCUUCCCUCAGAGUCCCGAGACAAGGCCGAUCCUGGGGCUCGACGUGGGGUGUAACUCCGGGGAUCUGAGUGUGGCUCUAUACAAACAUUUCCUUUCCCUACAUGAUGGGGAGACCUGCUCAGAUGCCUCAAGAGAACUCCAUCUCCUCUGCUGCGACAUAGAUCCAGUCCUGGUGGAACGAGCUGAAAAAGAAUGCCCUUUUCCUGAUGGCUUGACCUUUAUCACCCUGGACUUCAUGAAUCACAGGACGCGGAAAGUUCUCUUGAGCUCUUUUUUAAGCCAGUUUGGACGCUCAGUUUUUGAUAUUGGCUUCUGCAUGUCAAUAACCAUGUGGAUUCAUCUGAACCAUGGGGACCAAGGCCUUUGGGAGUUCCUGGCCCACCUUUCUUCCCUGUGCUGCUACCUCCUUGUGGAACCACAGCCCUGGAAGUGUUAUCGGGCAGCUGCAAGGCGUCUCCGGAAGCUGGGCCUCCAUGAUUUUGACCACUUCCGCUCCCUAGCUAUCCGAGGUGAUAUGGCUAAUCAGAUCGUGCAGAUCUUGACCCAGGACCAUGGCAUGGAAUUAGUAUGCUGCUUCGGCAACACCAGUUGGGACCGAAGCCUUCUGCUCUUCAGGGCAAAACAAGCCACAGAGACUCAUCCGAUCCCUGAAUCACUGAUAGAAGAAGGGAAAGAAAGGAACAGAAUAAGAUUCUGGAGGCAAUGAGAUGGGAGGGAGGAUAGAGAUAUUGAAAGGGGUUUUUAUACAAAGAAUUAAGUUCAUUCUCCUUAACUCCUGGUAGUUAGGCAGCUUUAAAACUUGGCAGAUGGGCUUCCCUGGUGGCGCAGUGGUUGAGAGUCCGCCUGCAGAUGCAGGGGACACGGGUUCGUGCCCCGGUCUGGGAGGAUCCCACAUGCCGCGGAGCGGCUGGGCCCGUGAGCCGUGGCCACUGAGCCUGCGCGUCCGCAAUGGGAGAGGCCACAACAGUGAGAGGCCCGCAUACCGCAAAAAAAAAAAAAAAAAAAAAAAAUCCUUGGCAGAAGCUUUUUAAAUGUCCAGGACAUGCAAUUAAAAGAGUCAGCAUCUUCCUCAUUUUGGGGGAUGAUCCCUGAGGAGAAUAUACCUGUGGGGCAAUGAUCUGUCCUAUCUGGAAUGACCUAGAGGAAGUGAUCCUGGUUCUGGGAUAUGCAAAGGGCUGCUUUUGGUGGUUAUUUAGGAAGACUUAGACCAGGUUAGCCUUAGAAUGUCCCUCCCUGGGCUCCUUAAAUCUGAUCUGCCUUCUUCAGGCUUCUUCUAGACUAACUCAUCCUGUCUAUGAGACAAAACCUCACAGUACAAUCUGGAAUGAAAAGUCAUUGGCCUGGCUAAAGGAGAAGCUUUGGUAGGAAGAACAUCUUUCCAGAGCAGGUCAAGUUUCCAACAUGCCCAGGCUGAGCACAGCAGUUAAGAUACAGUACUAAGCAAGAUGCAUCGACUAGCAUUUAAAAGAUGUUUAAAAGAUGAAAUUAUGGGGCUUCCCUGGUGGCGCAGUGGUUGAGAGUCCGCCUGCCGAUGCUAGGGGACGUGGGUUCGUGCCCCGGUCCGGGAAGAUCCCACAUGCCGCGGAGCGGCUGGGCCCGUGAGCCAUGGCCGCUGAGCCUGCGCAUCUGGAGCCCGUGCUCCGCAACGAGAGAGGCCACAACAGUGAGAGGCCCACGUACCGCAAAAAAAAAAAAAAAAAAAAGAUGAAAUUAUGAACUCAAAAUCCAAUCGGUACAAAUGAAAUGAAUGAAGUGGGAUUGUAUAGAAUAUAUACAAUUAUAUUUUAUAUAUAAUAAAAGUGACUUGAGUAUGGUUGAGAAUGCCCUGUGAAUCUGGAGUAGAAAAGAAAUUUCUGCCUUUAACCACUCUACCCAUGGAGGUUUCAACUCAAGAAAAAGAACCUCACCCAAGCUCAAAACAGAAAACAUGCCAGCGAGUAAGUUAAUUCAGGACUUUUUUUGUCAGUGUCCUCUGUCAAAGCACACCAGUAUGGAGGUGGGGGGCAUACACCAGUAUGGGGGUGGGAAUACGUGCAGAGAAGCCUACACAAAAUGCAGCCUACAAUUGGAUGGCUACAGCAUCAGUGCUGUGGGAUAGGUGUCACUGAUGUCUGGCAGGUGUUGAUUUUUAAAACACCCAUGAGUCCACUUCAAGGGAAUGUGGAAGAUAGAGAAGAUUUGGUGGAGAGAAGAUGGAAAAACAAAACAUACCUAGCUAAGAAGGGAGAUUGGAUUGAUGAGCUUCACAAUCUCUAAGAUCCUAUUAUUUUCUGAGUCGAUGUUAUAGAAGGAGGAACAGGGAACAGGAAAGUCUGAACCACCAAUUAGAGGGUUGGACUUCUUGAAGUUAGUAAAAGUUCCUACUAAGGAAUUUGAACUUUAUGCAGAGAGAGCAGAAGCCAGAGCAGUUCCUAAAUAAUAGGAGGAUGGAACCAAAACCUUCAUUUAGGAAAACCAAUUUUUCUAUUUUGUUCAGGAUAAUUGUAUGGUUGGUGCCAUUUCCAGUCUCAAUUAGACUCUAAUACUACUUCUCAGUCUUUUUAUAUUGCUGCUCCUGAUCACUUUUAUCCUAGUGACUCUUCCAGACUUUUACCCUUCUGCAGGCAGGCUCUUGACUCUAUUCCUGCUCCAUUAAUCUAAGCAGGUGACCUAACCACCAACUAGUGCCAUUUUUGUUUACUGUGUCAGGAAGUCUUUUCUUUUUUAAAUUAAUUUAUUUUAUUUUAUUUAUUUUUUUGGCUGCGUUGGGUCUUCAUUGCGGUGCA